AUGGCUGCUUCGCGCUCGGUAUCAAUCACCUACGUCGCCGCAGACUGUGGCUCCGUCAUUCCUGGCAAAUCAAAGGCACCGCAAGCCUUCCAAGAUGUCGGGAUAGUCAGGAAAUUACGAGAUGCUGGGAUACCCGUCGUAUCAGAACUUGAUGCGUUAGAUUCACCGGCCAAAUACUCCGUCAAGCCCUUUUCGAAAGGAAGCGUCCGCAACGAGGAAUUGAACAUUUCUGUCUGUCAAUCCGUCCGCCGCGCCGUUUCUCAUAACAUAACGGCCUCCUCGUCCGAUGGGCCACCUUUUCAACUCAUUCUUGGGGGGGAGUGUUGCAUGUGUCCAGCUAUCCUCUCGUCUUUUUGGGAGCACGCCGCUUCACAGUCGCCUCCAAAACGGGUUGGUCUCAUCUAUAUCGAUGCCGACACCGACCUCGCCUCCCCCCAUGAUCCCAACUCAACGGGAAACUUCGCUGGUAUGAACAUGACACAUUUAAUCGGACGAGAAAAUGGGCUAGAAACCAUGCGACAAUUUUCACGGCCGUCUGGCGAGGCUGUCUGCGACCCGAGCAACAUGGUCCUCUUUGGCAUCAAUAUGGGAUUUGCGGGAAACAAGCCAGAGCAUUUCGCCUAUCUUUUUGACAAUGAAUACACUGUCGUCAGCUCGAAAUCUGUGGCUCUUUCUCCAAAAGAAUCCGCAAAAAGGGCCCUUAAACGGUUGGAAGAAAACACCGAUAUCAUCAUGGUUCACCUCGACGUCGAUUCAAUCGAUCCACGCUUGUUCCCAUUGGCGAACGUCCCGAAUUUCACCGGAGUAAUGUUUGAGCAAAUGAUGGCUGCAUUGGGUGUGUUUCUGGCGAGUGACAAGGUGGCAGGGCUCACCAUUGCAGAAGUGAAUCCUGACCAUGAUCCAGAUUUAUCUAUGGUUAACCGACUGUCAGAGGAAGUUGUCCAAAUGCUAUCAUCCAGACGGUUUGUUUCUUCUUGA